UUCACCUUCCCAGAAGAAACCAAAACAGCUAACGUGAGAAUGACAACAUCAGGAGAAGGUUUCCAUGCUGUGACUGCAGUGGCUUGGCUUUGCCAUGUGGUUUUGCUGAAGUGACAAAUAAUUUGAGCACCUUCCUCAACAGUUUCUUCAAUAAUGGGACAGGACAUGUCUUCACUCCAACAGGAAAGAGGAAGCAGAAAGAGUAUAAAACAGCAAUCCUGUUCACUGUUGCGCCCAACAUCCAGACUGCAAGAUGGCUUUUCUGCUUCUCCUGGUGAUGCUGACAGCAUGUGCUGCCACUCCUCAAGAUCUCUCCAGUAAAAUGUUCACCUUCCCAGAGGAAAGCCAAACUGCUAAUGUGAGACUGACAACAUCAGGGCAGAUGUUCAAUGCUGUGACUGUCUGUCUCAGAUCGAUGACAGACCUUUCCAGAAACCACCCCCUUUUCUCGCUGGCAACGCCCUCCUCUGACAAUGGCUUCCUGAUAUUCAAGGGAGCUGCAAAUGAUACAAUUGCUGUUCAUGUCAUGAAUACAAUUGCUCAAUUUCGAGGUCAGGACUACAAGCUCAACACGUGGCAUCCUAUUUGUUCCACAUGGGACUCUGAGUCUGGUCUGGCUCAGCUGUGGUUGGAUGGGAAGCCCUCAAUUAGGAAAUUCACUGGAGGAUCAAACAUCACGAACCCCAUUGUUAUCCUCGGACAGGAGCAGGAUUCCUACGGUGGAAAGUUUGACCGUAGGCAGUCUUUUGUUGGCAUGAUCACUGAUGUCCACAUGUGGGACCACACCCUCUCAUCCUGUGAGAUCCAGCGCUACGUGGAUGACCGAAACUUCUCCCCAGGGAACGUGCUGAACUGGAGGGCGCUGGAGUUCCAGACCACCGGACGAGUGCUGAUAGAAAAUAAGCAAUCACCCUGUUACUAAAGCCACGCUACAACAAGACCUCCAUGUAAGGUCUUUUCUUUUGAGUAUGAUGCUUACACCCUGCAGACCUUAACAGUGGUUAUGUAUAACUUUGCUUUGAGGCCUUAAUCAGCUCGGAUUUCAAAAGAAAGAAAGAAAAAAAACAUUUUUGUUGAUGUUCCUCUCAAUAAAAAUGUAUUUUUUGCACUGUAAACCUGUCUCAACUCCAUCAUUCUGACUCAAAACAUUUGAGAAUGUUCAGCGCAUCAGUGGAGGGCAGUUGUGUCCUGGACAUUUUUGGCACCUUGACACGAGUUGAAAAAGACUUGAUGUAUGUAUUUCUGCAUUUCUGAUACACAAUCCACCUCUUGGCUCCC